AUGAAGUUUGAAAGCUUUUAUAUUCUACUGUGCUUUGUUACACCAGCAGUUUCUUUUAGAUUCACAAAAUGGCCGAAUAAUCCACUGGUUGUGUAUUACGGUAAAAACAGAACGAAUGUCGAACUACGAUGGGAGUGGAACCUUGAAGGAGGAAUAUUUAAUUAUUUAGAUAUCGAGAGAUAUAGAAAGGACAACCCCUUGGGCACAGAGACGCAAAUCGCUAAGUACUAUUCGAGUGGGACUACCAACGUAGAAGAAACCAAAUACAGCCUCAGCGUUCAAAACAGGGCGAUUGGAUCUGUAGUUUUUACUAUCAAAGACAUAACCAAUCAAGGCAUAAAUGAAGGCAAGGACAAUAAUGGCGAGAAGAGUCGUGUAGACGUCAUGGAAGCGAAUAAAGAGUAUAUAUAUUCGAUCGAGGUGGACGAACAAACAUCAGGCAAAGCGUUUACAAACAGCGUCACACUAAAAGUGCUAAAGACCCCAGUCAUUAAAACAUACCCCAAGAACCAAACAGUAUCAGGAGGAACUGUCACAUUUGAAUGUGUUGCUGAUGGUAAACCAAAGCCAACAAUAACAUGGGAAAAGAUUGGAAGCUCCCAAGCUUUCUCUCAAGGAAGCCUGCUAACACUAACAAAUUUUGACGCCUCAAAGAUUGGGGUCUACAAAUGCAUAGCCAAAAGUAAUGGAAUAGCCGWGACUGCUAAUGCAACUGGCUUUGUACAGUUUUCAACAUGUGGAUCUGGAUGUGAUAAGGAGGAACUGGCCAUUGAGUUCACUGACUUGACAUACAAUAAUGAAUAUGAAAACCCCAGCUUUACAAGGUACAAGGAAUUAAAAAACAAAAUUGAAACUGAGUGCCUUACUGCGUAUGCCCUGAAAGGCAAAACCAUUCACAAGUGUGAAGUAGUGAGAUACAGAAGAGGGAGUGUCGUAGCUGUGGUAGAGUUAGGAUGGCCCAAAAAUACCUUGGAUCCCAAGGAGCCCCUUUUGCAAGCAAUAAAUGAUGGCAACUUUGCAGGAUAUAAAGUGAAAACAGAAUUUGUCAGUCCAACACCGAUGACAGCCGCCCUUCCUCCAACACACCCCUCAGCACACCCUCCGUCACGACCUUCAACACGCUCACCAACACCCAGUCUUCCAAAUGGUUCAGUAGCCAUACCGUUUUGUGUGACUAUCAUUGUGUUCCUUGUCUUGUCCAAUGCUGUAUUGGGUUUCCUACUGUGGAAGAAGAGUUCGAUUCUAAAAGAGGUUACUAAGAACAGAGGUCGGUUGGCACCUAACGAGCAUCGACCAAAUACUAGUACAAUCAAUGACAAAAUCCUAUCUUUAACGGUAACAAGACAACCACAAGUACCCUCGGCGCCCCUUUACCACGACGUUUUAAAUGUUGGCGGCAACCGUGCUUCAGAAUAUCCAGGACAAUUGUAUCAAACAUUGGACGUCAAUUGCCAACAACCAUACCAGAAAUAUCAAACCUUGGAUGCUGCAGGUAAAAAUGUUAACUCUCCCGUGGAAACCUCCGUAUCAGAUAAUKACCAAGCACUACAAGAUGCAAUGCCRCCAGCUAUCUAUGGCCAACUGAAUAAGGUGGCGUACUGCAAUGUACAUAACACUCAAGAAGACUUGGCAGCAUAACUAUUAAAUGARUGUAGAUAUAAGACAAGUGAAUCAAAUCACUCAUUAUCUGGAAAGAASUAGCAAAGAAGAAMCGAGGAUGGUUAAGAAGCUACCKUAAAAAWUAUUCGAGCUKAAGUUAAGUUGGUCAUGUCCAGUAUGAUAACAUUGUAGCAAUUGUGUAGAGAGCUUUACAAACGCUGAUGCAUAUAGAGGAUUGUCCGAAAAACAAUAAUUGUUUACAUGUGACUAUCAACAAGGUUCGGAAAGAACAAGACUCCUGCACCAUUCACCCCUUACCAUGUCUAGCAAAUGCUUUAAUAAAAAUAAUAAUYAUUAAUUGGUCUAUUCUUCAUGAUGGUAGGCAAGGAGAGGGGUGCAUGUUGUUAUAUAGCGCAUUUCACAUCGUCUUUCGCACUUUACAUUCACAAUCAAUGGAAGACUUUUGGGGUGGCAUAUUUAGGCGCCAUUAACAGCCUUGUAUUUUACAAGCAAUUGUUAAUAUAACAGUGUAUUAACUUCRAGACGAAUUCCUUAAUCUUUUCGUUUCAAAUUUGAAAAACCUUAAGCAUAAGCUUUCUUUUCUAUUAAGGAUAUGGAGAAAGUCUUUGAACCUUUUCUAGAAAUAUGUUUUUAUCUAUACGUCUAGCUCAUUUGUGCCGAGAUGUCCUGUAUGCGUAAUCUCGAAAUUUCUUCCAGUACUUAAUGUAUACUUUAUCUAUAUUACUCCUUUGAAAAUAUUACAUAYGCUUAAGUCAAUGUGUUGCUUGGUACAAUAACGUUUUCAACCUGUGCUAAAUAGUGUUUUGUCURUAAUUUCUUUUUCUUGGGUGCUUAUCAUUCAAACCAAUGCAUGAUGAACAUUUCCCAAUCAAAUAGUUAUAAAAGAUCGCGCCGGAUGGCACUGGAUUCCCAAACGUCCCCUAAAAACAACACUGAUUUUAAUUUGGCAAAUAAAUUGGCGCAUUGUAUUGUUUCGGCUAGUGGAUUGACAAUGAUUCUUUAAACAUAAGCAAAUAUUGGAUCAGCUAGAGUUCGAGUUAUGCAUCCCAAUGAAACAAAUAGUUAGCAAGGACCGAUAUAUAUUGUGUCAUAGUCUUAUAGGAUAUUUUUGAAAAAGACAUGCAUUUUUUUUUUUUCUUAGUGGACGCUCAUGUCCCAUCUUGCUUACUGCAUUGUGCUUGUCAUAGACAUGAUUAAUUUAUCUAUUCCCAUCAAAUGCAUUCCUCAUUCCUGUACUGCCGGCAUGGCAUUAUUAUAGGACGUCGUCUUUGCUACAUUGCCUAUUAAUAUUAAUUAAGUUCAUCAAAUUCGCCUUUUUAAUAUAAAUAGCCUACAGGUAAUCCGAGAUAAUCCGUCGGCCCUAGCCACAGACAGUUCAAUCUCUUGUUCUAUGGUAUUUGAAUAUGUAGAGAGUGAUCGUUUGAGCGUACUAAAAUUUUCGAGAURUAAGUGAAUCUGGCCAAGAAAAUCCAUCUUCAAGUUUAUGCAAAUGAACAGGAUUUUGUAUCUGAUUUACAAAACUUUUCACGGUCGUGAUUUCUGUUUUGCUUUCCUCAUGAAUUAUUCAUGAGUUUAAUAAGUAAUAUUACCGUUGAUAGAACAGGAGAUUGGGCKGCCUGUGCCCUAGCGCGCCUGUAUUGAGUCUGUGGUUCUGCAAAACAUUCACAAACAAAACAUCCUACAGACUUUGACCUCAUAAACAUUCCUAAUAAUCGAGUCUUCACUCUAAAAUAGCAAUGAAGUUUGAAAGCUUUUAUAUACUUCUGUGCUUUGUUACACCAGCAGGUAAGCUAUAUAAGAUCUAUAACCCGUUUAAAUAAUUACUUAGCUAUCGAUGGAAGUAGUUGCUGUGAUGAGAUCAUAUGCAGUCUAGGCAAUUCACAAUAAAAAGUAACAACGAGCGACGUCAUA